GUUAAUCGUACUCGGUCGAUAAAAGUGGCGAAGAACAGGUGACGACAUCGUUGUCAUACUCGUGAUUUCAUAACACGCCAUUUUCUUUGUGUGAAGUGCUGGCUCAGAAAAGUUUCACUCACUGUUUUCUAUCUAAUUCAAGUGUACUUUUAUAUACGAAGCUGUUGCAUCCUAAUACAAUAUUUAUUCAUCGACGGAAAAUAAUCUCACAUCGGAAUAUUCGACUUAUAAUUAUUAUUUUACAAGUUUACAAUGGCAUCUCGUAAGAAAUUAUUGCUUAAGGUUAUUAUUCUGGGAGAUUCGGGAGUUGGUAAAACUUCUAUUAUGAAUCGAUAUAUAAACAAAAAAUUUAGUAAUCAAUAUAAAGCUACUAUUGGAGCAGAUUUUCUUACCAAAGAAGUUGUGGUACAUGAUAGGGUAGUUACUAUGCAGAUUUGGGAUACAGCAGGACAAGAAAGAUUUCAGUCCCUUGGUGUUGCUUUCUAUAGAGGUGCAGAUUGUUGCGUACUUGUGUUUGAUGUGUCUGCACCGAGCAGCUUCAAAUCUCUAGACUCGUGGCGGGAUGAAUUUUUAAUUCAAGCUUCACCUCGAGAUCCAGACAACUUUCCGUUUGUUGUACUUGAAAACAAAGUUGAUCUAGAAACCAGAGUGGUUUCUAGUAAGAAAACGCGACAAUGGUGUCAGUCUAAAAAUAAUAUACCAUUCUUUGAAACUAGUGCUAAAGAGGCCAUUAACGUUGAACAAGCCUUUUACACGAUAGCAAAGAACGCUUUAGCUCAGGAGAGCGAAGUGGAGUUGUAUAACGAAUUUCCCGACCAAAUUAAGUUGACCAAUGACCAAAGAAACAAUGGCAAAGGUGACUCUUGUGCCUGCUAGGUCUUGGGACGAUGUAAACUUUGGACAAGCACCUAGAUGUACAGGGCAGAUCGUACAUUCGCGUACCUGCACAUUUUGGAAAAUACUACAUCGAACUUGAUAUGUU